UAAUCAGACAGUCGCCAUUACCACUAAGAUAAUGCAAUUAUUUUGUUGUGUACAGCAUAGUUAACAAACUUAUCUAACAUAUAGACAUCUAUAUCAAUUAUAAAUCAGACAGCUCAUCGUCACUCCGAUACCAACGAUGCCGACAGGAAUUUCCUCAUCGACGACGACCACCGCCUCGUCACCUGCUCUCCCCCGCCACCGAUCGUUUCCGUCGCCAAGUUACCCAAUCCGGACCCCAUCGACGACGACGACCACCGCCUCGUCACCUGCUCUUCCCGAGGAUUAUUUUUUUCGGCUCUACUGAUCCUUCUCGACUUUUCUUCUGAUCUCGAUUAAAUCGAGAUUCUUGGGGUUCUGAAUCUACCGUCGAAUUGGAUUGGACCCUUCGCUUGUUGAUGUUGUCACUUCUCUCAAACCAUUUCUGUCUUAAGGAGGAGGAGCUGGAUUACUGUCAAAACAUAGGAAAGCCCAUAACAAUAUACCCGUUACUUAUGCUACUAAUUUCGGUAUUGUUGCUGGUUGCUAUUGCGGGGCUCGUGAAUUGGUCAGAGAAACUAGAAAAUCAGAACACGGCGAUUUAAUCAAUGAUGGCAACUUGCUGGAUAUCAUCAUUCUAAUUUGUUUGCUACUGAUCAGAUGGCCCGCACCAGGCAAACAGCUCGCAAGUCUACUAGAAGGAAAGGCCCCUAGGACGCAGCUUGCUACUAAGGCUACACGUAAGUCUGCCCCAACCACUGUUGGAGGCUAGAAGCCCCUUCAUUACCGUCCUGGAACUAUUGCACUUCGAUAUGGAAGAGCCACAUGUGGAUCGUACAACUUUGCCCUUGCUGCAUCCUGGUCGACAAAAUGGAGCUAAAUGGUUUAACCACCACACCCAAGUAUCAACUGCUGUGAGAAAGAUCAUUCAAAGUUGUUUCAAAGGACCAUGGUACUCUUGGAAAAGAGUGCCAGUUUUCUACAAACAAACAUGGUUUAGUCUGUUCAAGGAAGCAAACAAUGAAGACCACUCUUACAUUGCUGUGAUGAAGAAAGCAAAUCAGAAGCCUGACGGAACAUACCUGACGGAACAUAUGUUGAUCAACGAGCUAGAGUGGUUGCAGAAACUUAUGAGAAGCAUCUACAAGAACACUUGGAACAGCUUGAAUCUUCUGGCUGCUGGGUCAUCUAAACAAGGCUAUGUCUUUGGACUGGGAGCUCUAAAGGAAUUUGUUGUACCAUCUGCUAUUGCUUCUUCAAGUCAACCACAACCAGAAGAAGCAGAGAUGAUUGCAAAUCGGCUCCAAGAGUUGGAAGCUGAAGUCAAACAAAAUCAUGAAGAAAAUCUGGAAAUUAAAAAAAGACUUGAAGCUAUGGAGAAGAUGGCUGAGUCUUUUGCAAAUCAGAAUGCUUAAAGCUACUAAAACCAUCCAUCGUCCAUCAUCUAUCUAAUUUAGUAAUUCUAGUUUCUUUUUAUCUUAAGUAAUGUUUAGUUUUUAUUUUAUUAAGACUUUAUUUUUUUAUAAAUUCUGUUUGUGUAUUGACUUUGCUUCGACAUAAGUAAUAUAAUGUUUGGUUUAUUAUAUUUUAGUUUUACUGUUUUAUUAAUUAAUUAUCUAAUUUAAAAA